AUGAAUCAUAUUGGAUGGGAGCGGGGAAAAGAAAGUGGGAGAUGUACAAAGUAUAUCGAGUACAAAGUAUAUAAGGGAAUUCGCUCAAUAAUAAAAAUGAUUAGCAACCGUAGAGAUAACACAUUCCCGAUACUCCGGCUCCCGUUUCUUCCCAUCAAAGAAAUAUUCAAAGCAAUGGAUCCAAGCGAAAUAAUCAACUUCUCAAUGACUUCUAAACGGGCCAAAUCACUCAUUGUCCAUCAUUCCUACUUAUUCAUUGACCCUCGUUCUCUCCUCUCGUCUAUCGACUGCUCCUCCAAAAUGGACCGUCCCAAACCAUUCCCAAUCCUCCGUCUACCGUUUCUAGCUAUUGAAGAAGUAUUCAAAGCGAUGAAUCCAAUUGAAAUAAUCAACUUCUCAAUGAUUAACAAACGGGCCAAAGGAAUAGCAAAGCAUAUGAGCUUCUGUUCAAAAUAUAAAAUAGAAUUUAAUAUACAUGCAACGCUGGGAAUCAGAUUUUUUGGAACAAAGAAUCUGGUCUCAUUCUCGUAUUUAAAGACGUCAAUGAAAAUGGAUGAGAAGAUUGAGGACGAAGAAUGCGGUGUUUUACGGAAGGUAAAGAAGUAUUCGAAGAAUUCGAUGGUGGAAUGGAAACAGCUGUGUAAACUUGUAUUUCUAUAUCAAAGGGAUAAAACGAUCAAUGUAAAUAAACAUACCGCUUAUCUUCUCGAUAAUAUAAAAAUCAAUUCUGAAUUGUAUUCCUAUGUAUUCACUAAGAACGAGAAUUUCAAUGCGAAAAUUCCCAAAAAUCUGAAGGAAUUAUAUAUCAAAAAUUCGGAAUGGAUCAGGUAUGAGAGACUGCUUGACAUAGAUUGUAAAAGUGUGACCCUAGAGAAGACUCUACUCACAAAUAAUGAAUGGAAUAUGUUCCUUAAGAAAUGGAUAGCAAUGGAAACAAAUCAGAAUUUGGAAUAUUUGGAAAUCGAUAACAUAAGCCUAAACUAUUUCACGGGUUCUGUGUUGAAUGGUAUACCAUAUGAAGUGGUAGAUAAAGCAGUCAAACGAAGCCUCAAGAGUUAUUGUGGUGUAAAGACAGAGGUAACCGGAGGAAUCGACAUCAGACGAAUUGAUGGAAAAACUGGAACAUUCUUCUACAUGUAUCGGCCAUUAAAGGUGAACUUGGCAAUGAGUAUUCAUUGA